UUGUUUAAAGACUGUAAGAGUUGUACAUAUACCACUGAAUCUCCACAAAAUAUCACCAAGAACAACUGCGAAAAGGUGUUUGAUAUGGAAAACGACCUUAUGAUGAGACAAAGAAAUAUGAUGACCAACACUAUGACUAAUAACGCACCACCAUUUUUGAAUAGUGGUAUCCAACCAAUGAGUGUCGGUGUAUUUCAUCAAAGCCCAAAAAACAAUUUCGGUGUAACACCAUUAGAUAUACAAAACCCCAUUUGUUCAGUCUCUUACCAGUCACAACAAGGAUUGGCAAAACUCGAGACAAUAAGUUCGGUUGGUCAAAGUUUUGCGAUUACAAAGCAAGACCCCAAUCUACCAAAAAAACCUAUGACACCUUAUCUGAUGUUUUUGAAUGAGCACAGGGAAGAGUUCAGGGAAAAGUUUCCAGAAUUGAAAAUUACUGAAAUUGCUAAAAAAGCGGCAGAGAUAUGGAGAGACAUGAAAGAAGAAGAUAAACAAGUGUAUUUGGACAAAGCUAAGAAAGCUACGGAAAAAUAUUUAGAAGAGAUGAAAACGUACAACGAGAGAAAUAAUUUAGACGAAGAAGAAGACGAAGAAGACGAAGACGAAAGUGACAACAACUCAGAUGAUAGUUACGAAGAGGAUUAA